AUGGCACCGAGCUCCGAACAUAGCUCGUCACUAAAGAAUGUUUCGCACACCCCGGGUGACGAAAAAGAGACGCUCGCUGACGAAAAAGGGUCUUCUCCCCAUGCUGAAAAACCUCCGCCAUCUCUGCCCACAGCAGUUGACACAGCGCCCGUCGACACCGAGGUUACUUAUCCCGAAGGUGGCCGUGAUGCCUGGUUGGUGGUGCUGGGUGCCUCGUGUGGCCUGACCGCAUCGCUAGGUAUAUACAACACAGCCGGAGUGUUCGAGGUCGUUAUCUCAAAAGUGAUCUUACCCGAAGAAUCUCCAUCUAGUCUUGGCUGGAUAUUCUCGAUCUACGCCUUCGUGAACUGGGUUUGUGGGGUGCAAGUUGGACCAACCUUCGAUGCGAUGGGCCCGCGUGCACUGAUCGUUGCGGGAACCAUUUGCACGUUCAUUGGCAUUUUCUCACUCAGCGUCUGUACAGGUAAGAUUAAUUUUCAUGCGAUACUCCAUGCAUCAAACAUCCUCGCAUCAAACAUCCUCGCAUCAAACAUCCUCGCAUCAAACAUCCUCGCAACAAUCUGCUGA